AUGCAAGAUCAGCAACUAUUUUCAAAUCAAAUACAUCUUCAAAGAAAACAAAUAAUUCCAAAACAAGAAACUGAAUCAGAUAAAACCGCAUCAAUCUUUCGACUCUAUCUACAAUCAUCACAUUCAUCUCCUAAUAAUAUUGAAGAACAAACAACAUCGAUAAGUUCUGAAGCUCUUAAACACACAAAUUCGAUAUCAUAUCCACCUCUUACCAUAACUGGUAUUCCAGCUUUUACAUCACAUUCAUCACCAGCUAUUGUUCAUUUUUUACGUUCACUUGUCAAUGCUCAUCCAACAUUACCUCGAAUUAGUGAUACAUCAUGGCGUUUAAAUAAUAAAAAUCAAUUGGUGCUCUGUGCUUCAACCAGAGAUGUAUUUUCACUAUUAUUCACGAAUACUUAUCCAUCUACCAUCGGUACAUCUACCAUACAAGUUACACCACCACGUGGCUUACCAGCCCAACUUUCACUUCUUCUUUUAAAUGUUUCAUGUUAUCUUGAUGCUAAUUAUCUUUUAGAAGAAAAACAAAAACAGUUUCGUUCAGUUAAAUAUCUACACCGUAUUCGUACUUCUUCAAACACAAAUAAUUCUACACUUAUUCGUAUCGAUUUUGAAAUUGCUCAAGAAUGUAAUCAAUGCUUACAAGCACAAUAUCUGCCAGUUGUUCAUGAACGAUUACCACCAGUUACUCCUAUUUCAUCUCGGUCGAUACCUUCAAUAGCACCACAUCAUACUACAGAGAACACAACAAAUACCAUUGCACCUAAAUCAACAUCUACAACAGUUAUUGUUCCUCAAUCAUCAAGAUCCAUAUCAAAUUUUAUUGAUUUUAUGCAAACUAUUGUUAAAUCUUUUGAAGACCUAUUAUCGAACUUUGCUAAACAAAUGACUAACUUAACUGUUUUAUCUAUUAUACAAGAACAUAAAAUUGAUUACGUAAGUUCUCUUAUCGAAAAAAUAAUGUUACCAUCGUUCAUGUUAAUUACUGAAACUCUACUAGCUCUUGUUCAUCUCAUUCUAGACUCAUCAAUGCAUGUUAAUCAAAAGGAAACAAUAAGUAAUCAAUUACAAAAAACAUCAAUGUUUUUGAACACUACCUAUGAACAACAUCAAAGUUUUAAAAAGUCUAUGAAACAAACUCGAAAAUUAAUGAUUGAUAAUAAUAUAAUGAACUUAUGUGCAAAUCAUUCAUUAUCUGAUACUUCUACUGCGACCAACACUAUUUCCAUAUUUUCUUCAAUAUCAUGA